AUGAGGAUCAAAAGACGCGAUUCCGAACAAUGGAUGCAUCAUAGGUCACUUCCACAGAACCUGAGGGAACGAGUCAGACGCUAUGAUCAAUACAAAUGGUUAGAAACAAGAGGAGUCGAUGAAGAAAACAUAGUCCAGAGUUUACCAAAAGAUCUUAGAAGAGACAUCAAACGCCAUCUCUGUCUUAAUUUAGUUCGCAGAGUAAGUUCUACUACAAACCAGAACGUGAAUUGCCCUAAGUAUUAA